AUGGCAAGCAGCGUCUUCGCAUCCUCCGGGAAAUCGCUUGGCAGCCGACACAACUCUCACAACAACCUCGUCGCUUCCGACAGCGUCUCCGAUUGGCUCAACGCUUCGACUCAUGACGAUACACCGAAGGCACCUACCAGCAUGACUACACAACAGUCGCUUCUUCGACAUGACAGCUUCACCAGCCUGACCGAUGGAUUCGACAUGGUCUCUCCGCCCAUGCUCACGUGGUCAAACACAGCAGAGUCAAAGGCCAUGGGACUCAACAAUGCCGACGACUAUCUUUCAAACCUGGCUGAGCAUUCGAUCGGUAAGCGAUCUCCUGAUGAAGUGAACGUGUACCUGUUCACAAACGUACUGACACGCCAACCUCUUCGCUUCACCCCCAAACCCAUAACAGAUUUGAAGUCAACAUUCACAGACACCCUGCACAUUGACGACUUUUUCCACGAGAGUGCGUCCAACUCGAGCUCAAGCAGUCCUUACAUGACAACCACCAUCAACCUUCCCGGCUGGAACCACGGCCCAGAAGUAGUCGGUGGCCUCGACUCGGACAUAGACUCUCCCGAAGGUAUCUGGUACGGACAGACGCAGGCCAUCACCUCCAAGGUCACACGCAAGAGCUCCAACGUGCCGAGAUUCUCUUUCAACAUCGAAGCGUCCGACACUGGCGCAUCACCUGGGGCACCUACCUCUAUUGGCUUUGAAACGCCCAACCCGACGCCACCCUCCACAGAUGGCGACAGCACUGGGCUCCUUGGUGCCGCAGCACGCACGCUCCGCUCAUGCAUCUCGGCGCCGCUCUUGCAGCGAGACGACCCGGUGUUGGAAGCCGCUGGUACCCAACAUCUGAUCAACGACUUUCUCGUCGACGCCGGUUUCCCGCAGGAACGCAUCCCCGACUCGAACGCACUCGGCCUGGAACUUGGACCUAAAUCGAGCGCAGUCAGCAGCCCCGCUCAUGAUGUCGGUGUGCACGGCGAAGAGAGUGGUCUCAACCAAACUCGUCUACCACUGAUCACAGAGUUGGCAGGUAAUGCUAGCGUGGCUCAGUCUUCGGCGCUCUUCCAGCGUCGUGCUGUGCAGCGCGAUCUUCACGCACCUUCACCUGUCGCUGUCCCCGCGGCAGAUGGAAGUGACCAGACGAUCGAGGUCUCUCCCGGACGUACGGUGACGAUCAACAAUCCAACAGAGUCGACCGUGGAUCCAGAAAAGAUGACGGAAGAACAGCGAAGGAGACUUGCACAGCUGCAUCAGAUUCACGUUGCGCAGCAAGCAGCCCGACUGGGUGUCUACCAGGACUUUGUCGCCCCUUCUCAGCAAUUCGCUGGCCAAGAGGCUAGUGAGCGUGCAGCCAAGGCGGUGCAGGCGGCCCUCAUGUAUGGCAUGGAAGGCAACUCCCCGCGCAAGCUCAGCAUGGGCUCGACCGGACUGCCCACCCCCGUCACACCGCAGCAUCCGCUACAGCCCGGCCCCAGCAGCAUGGCGAAUGCAUCAUACCACCCGCACAUGCAAAACUAUGUGGGCGUCCAGAUGCAAGGCUACCCCGGUGCCAACUUUGAUCCGCGCAUGCCAGGCAUGCCGCUCUCUGCCGACUCUGCCAACUUUGCACCCUCGAUCCAGAAUCAGUUUUCGAAUCUUCACUUGGCCCAACAGCAGCAGCAGCAGCAAGGCGUCUUCACCCAGCAGUUCCUUCAUCAGCAUGACGCCACUCUCUACGCAGGCCAGGGCAACGCCAACUCGCAAGACAUGUCGGGCUACACAUCAGUCUACCCACCACCGAGACACAACAGCAUCAGCAGUGGAAGCAUCGGUCACGAGCGCGGGGGUGGUAUGUACGGCCUGACCUUGACAGCAAGCGGCAUGGUGGGUGUCGGCCAACAAUUGAGUGGCGAUCAGAUGCUGCUUGCUCCUAGGAGGCCGAGUCAUCUUGGUUUCACCAGGGCGGAAUCAAGUCCUUCGCUGGCCUCGCAGAUCGCGGCCAACCCUAUGCAGCUGCAAAACCCGUUCAGUCAACAGCAAGCGCAAGCGUCUCAGCAGCAGCAGCAACAGACGGUGACAACACUCGAGCCGUCGAAGCUGAUGGGUACCUCGGAAAUGGGCCUGAUGCCGCCCGCUUCCAGCACGCCGCGAUCGGCGCCCGCGGAUGCUUCGCGAGAGCACCUUGCGAUGCAGCAGACGCGUAUGCGACAGCUCCAGCAGCAGCAACUGCAGUUCCUACAGAUGCAGAACCAGGCUGUCGCAAACAAGCAGGCGGAAAGCAGCACCGCUGCGCAGGUGACUUCGAGGAAAGCGCCCAACAUGAUCUCUGCGCCACUGAGCCCGCCCCGAUCGCCGGCCAAGACCAAGUCGACGCCGCACCUUCGCAGUCCACUCGGCGGCAUCGUUGCUGGGUUGCCGCCUUCGCCGAGCAAGCCUACGGCCCAAGGGUUGCGAAAGAUCGCUUCGAAUCGAAGGAUCAACACGACCUCGUCUCUGCCCCUUGCCGGCGGUAGCAAUUCUGGAUCCACGUCAAGUUCCAGCUCGUCGACCUCGACGGGCAUGCUGAAGAGCAAGGGCAGCACCAUCGGCACGGGCGGUUUCACACUCGAACUCACCACUUCGGCCUCGCCCACACGUGCCCGUACCAUCUCCCACCAGAGUACCGUCUCUUCUCGUUCCACUACCUCUCCUGGCAAAUCGAAAUCGCCGACGCCGUCUGCGCUCGCUUCGGGAUCCGGCGGAUUCUCGCAACUCUCGUUUGUCAACUACGGCAUGAACGAUGCCGACGAGAUUUGCUCGGCGGUUGCGCCGAGUGGAAGCUACAAGGUACCUCUGCGCGGAUUUGGCUCCUCGGGUGAGGAUGACGACUUUGACGACGAUGCGAGUUCGGUUCGAACGCGAACCAUGUCCAACGUCACCGGGUUUACGGGGACGAUGGGGUCGGACGACGAUGGCGAUAGCCCAGGUUCGACAACAGGCGCACCGCCAGGCAGUCCGACGAAGAAGGUGCGCAAGAACUCGAGUCGUCCCAACUUGCUCUUCAGUCCAGGCAGCUCGAGCGGAAGCCCGCUCAAGAGCAAACGCAGCAUGGCCAACUUGGGAGGUGCUGGCGGCAUCAGAGCGUGGGAUCUGACCAGAUCACCGAGAAAGACCAAAUCGACCAUCUUGAGUCCUGUGUCCAGCGCAGGCAGCGGAGAAUGA